AAGUCUCUAUAUUUAUAUUGUUCUGUAACCAUUACAGGAGUUCAUCAGUACAGAUUUCUGUGGUAGUGAAGCUUGGAUUGGUCUGACUGACAGAGACACAGAGGGGACAGUUAAAUGGAUGGACGGUUCACCACUGACUUCUGAGUAAGACAUCACUGAACUGAAAAUUACCCAUGAUGCAGUUUUUCUCUGUCUGAAGCUGCAGACAUUCUGACUUUCUUUGUGUUUUCAGGUUCUGGUGGAACGGAGAACUAAAUGAUCAGGAAUGAAUCACAAACCGGGAAACAGAAGGUGCACGAAUAGUAGAGUGACAAAGCCUUGUUAAGCAAUAUCACUGUAACUUCCACUUUAAUUUGCAUCAUGCUCACACACACACACACACACACACACACACACACACACACACACACACACACACACACACACACACACACACACACAAAAUCACUUCUAGUCUGUGAAUGAAGCAGACUUAGACAGACUGAUCUGGUUUAAAGUAAGGUUAUAAAAUUGUUCAAUAUAAGAUCAGGAUUAGUAACGAGUGCAGAAUGAAGAUGAGUGAGGAAAUUUAUGUGAACACAGGAGUUACGGCUUAUAACACAACUCAAGCAGAAGAAAACAUUUAUGACAAUGAGCUGAAAUUGGAGACUCGGUGGAAAGGAAACAAGCAGGAUUCUACAAACUCAGGACACAACACUGUUUGGAGCAGAUGUUUCAAACUGACUGCAGUGUGUGUGCUGAUGCUGUGUGUUCUCCUACUGACUGCUGUCACAGUGCUGUGGAUUAAAUACUACAUUCUGAAUACACAAAACAACCAGUUACAGACCAGUUACAACAACCUGUCUAUAGAGAGAGACCAGUUACAGACCGGUUACAACAAUGUCAUCUUAAAACUUGCAGGCCACAGAUGGAGCGGGACAACAAAAGAUACACAAAGAGAGGACAUCUCGCAAAAGCAGCGGAGGACGCGUGACGGUCCCCGGUCGAGGACCUCUCCCCAUUACCGCCGGUCUUUGAGAUCCCCCCCCGGAACCGCUUCGCCCCCCCCCCCCCCUCGCAAGACGGACUGCGACAACGUGAUCAUCGGAGACUCCAACGUCCGCCAAGUCCGUGCUACUGUGGCUAAAGGUAAGGCUCGCACUCACUGCUUGCCUGGUGCUCGUGUUCUUGAUGUCUCUGCACAGGUACCUAGAGUCGUGAGCAGAAACACCAGAGCUGUGGUUCUUCAUGUCGGCUCAGAGUCUCCAGGGCGCUGA